GGCUGCUGCAGAGUUCAUGUACAGUACCACGGAGCCUGCAAGUGUCCUGAGCUGCUCAGAGCCGGGCGGCACAGCCCAGGGCAGACAAGGCGGCUGCGAGGAUUCCAAAGGUUCUGCUGGAAAUUCGGAGCUGGGAGACCCCAGCAGGAGCCUGUUGCCUUUGUGUUUUAAAAGCAUGCAAGGUCUGUAUAGCUCGGGCAUGAGAAUCUUUCAGAAGAUGUCAGCGCCUCAGAGUAAAUGACACCUAUUGGGGAAUUGAAUUUGGGGUAAAAGAGAGAGAGAGAGAGAGAGAGGAUAAAAGAAAGACAGCGGGAGAAGAAAUUCUUAGACAACGUCUGACUUGCAGCCGUGAAAUUCAUUUUCUUUCCAAGGCAACAUAUGAAAAGCCCGCACAUGGUUUUAAUAACAAAUUAAAGGGGAUUCUGCAGUGAAAGGAUCGAUAGCUUAGUCAUUUUACUUAAGGAGAGCAGACAGACUUAUUAUGGGGUUAGGCAGCAGAAAUGAAUCUCCUCAUAACAGCACCUUCUGAAGUCAUGACGGUAGCUAAUGGUAAUCCUGUCCUGCAAAGCAGAAAUUGCUCCUUGCCUUCCUACUUUUACCAUUGAAAACCGGCAAUUCAGAGAUUUGGGAAAGAAGUUGGCUUUGAUUAUCCAUGGUUUCUAGCCCCUCUGCCCUGGUCUUUGUCCGACGUGUCUCAGAAGGCAGCACUGCGUUAAAGUGACCACACAUGAAUAUGUGCCUAAGAAAGAAGAAAAAGCAAUAUUCGUUUCUAAAGGACAGCAUGGCAAAGCGACCUGAAGUUUUCCAUUGCCCUUCUAACACUUCUUUAACAAGGAUAACAAGAAACUGUCUUUUGACUCCUUUUUUCCCACAUUCCAGAGUCCUUCCUGAGAGGAUGCAUUAAUUUACACUCUAGGCAGUUGGAUUAUACCAGGACAAUAUUUGCCACCAUUUAGGAUUAGCGACUGAACUGGUUAUUUUAGUGUGUUGACUAACGAGUGGAACCUAAAUGGAUGGACCCAUACCUGCAGUGCUCUGUGAUAUUUCUUUUUCCAAAUCCUGGAAGGGCUUUUGUUGUUGCUGUGUGUUUUUUGGGGGGGAUUUUUUUGGAAUUCAGUACUUGUUGCAAUAAUUGCCCAUGAUAGCUGCUCAAACAGGAGAGUUGGGAUUCAUCUAUGAAAAUCACUACAUGUAACAUAUGAGACAAGGAAAAUAUUAAUGACAGAAGAUCUGCAAACAUGAUGCACGUGAAUAAUUUCCCCUUUAGAAGGCAUUCUUGGAUAUGUUUUGAUGUGGACAAUGGCACAUCUGCGGGACGGAGUCCCUUGGAUCCCAUGACCAGCCCAGGAUCCGGGCUAAUUCUCCAAGCAAACUUUGUCCACAGUCAGCGUCGUGAGUCUUUUCUGUAUCGAUCUGAUAGCGAUUAUGACCUGUCUCCGAAGUCAAUGUCCCGGAACUCCUCCAUUGCCAGUGAUAUACAUGGAGAUGACUUGAUUGUGACUCCAUUUGCUCAGGUCUUGGCCAGCCUGCGAACUGUACGAAACAACUUUGCUGCAUUAACUAAUUUGCAAGAUCGAGCACCUAGCAAAAGAUCACCCAUGUGCAACCAACCAUCCAUCAACAAAGCCACCAUAACAGAGGAGGCCUACCAGAAACUGGCCAGCGAGACCCUGGAGGAGCUGGACUGGUGUCUGGACCAGCUAGAGACCCUGCAGACCAGGCACUCCGUCAGUGAGAUGGCCUCCAACAAGUUUAAAAGGAUGCUUAAUCGGGAGCUCACCCAUCUCUCUGAAAUGAGUCGGUCUGGAAAUCAAGUGUCAGAGUAUAUAUCAAACACAUUCUUAGAUAAGCAACAUGAAGUGGAAAUUCCUUCUCCAACUCAGAAGGAAAAGGAGAAAAAGAAAAGGCCAAUGUCUCAGAUCAGUGGGGUCAAGAAGUUGAUGCACAGCUCCAGUUUGACGAAUUCAAGCAUCCCGAGAUUUGGGGUUAAAACUGAACAAGAGGAUGUCCUUGCCAAGGAACUAGAAGAUGUGAACAAAUGGGGUCUUCAUGUUUUCAGAAUAGCAGAGCUGUCUGGUAACCGGCCUUUGACUGUUAUCAUGCAUACUAUUUUUCAGGAACGGGAUUUAUUAAAAACAUUUAAAAUUCCAGUGGACACUUUAAUUACAUACCUUAUGACUCUGGAAGACCAUUACCACGCUGACGUGGCCUACCACAAUAAUAUUCAUGCUGCAGAUGUCGUCCAGUCGACACACGUGCUAUUAUCUACACCUGCUUUGGAGGCUGUGUUUACAGAUUUGGAGAUUCUUGCAGCAAUUUUUGCCAGUGCAAUACAUGAUGUAGAUCAUCCCGGUGUGUCAAAUCAGUUUCUCAUCAAUACAAACUCUGAACUUGCCUUGAUGUACAAUGAUUCUUCUGUCUUGGAGAACCAUCAUUUGGCUGUGGGCUUUAAGUUGCUUCAGGAAGAAAACUGUGAUAUUUUCCAGAAUUUGACCAAAAAGCAAAGACAAUCAUUAAGGAAGAUGGUCAUUGACAUUGUACUUGCAACAGACAUGUCAAAACACAUGAAUCUACUGGCUGAUUUGAAAACUAUGGUUGAAACCAAGAAAGUGACAAGUUCUGGAGUUCUUCUUCUUGAUAAUUAUUCUGAUAGGAUUCAGGUCCUUCAGAAUAUGGUGCACUGUGCAGACCUGAGCAACCCCACAAAGCCACUCCAGCUGUACCGCCAGUGGACGGACCGCAUCAUGGAGGAGUUCUUCCGCCAAGGAGACAGAGAGAGGGAGCGGGGCAUGGAGAUCAGUCCCAUGUGUGACAAGCACAAUGCGUCUGUGGAAAAGUCACAGGUGGGCUUCAUAGACUAUAUUGUUCAUCCUCUCUGGGAGACAUGGGCCGACCUCGUGCAUCCUGAUGCCCAGGACAUUCUGGACACUUUGGAGGACAAUCGUGAAUGGUACCAGAGCACAAUUCCUCAGAGCCCCUCCCCAGCACCUGAUGACCAGGAGGAAGGCCGGCAGGGUCAAACCGAGAAGUUCCAAUUUGAACUAACUUUAGAGGAAGAUGGCGAGUCUGACACCGAAAAGGACAGUGGAAGUCAAGUGGAAGAAGACACUAGCUGCAGUGACUCCAAGACUCUCUGUACUCAAGACUCAGAGUCUACUGAAAUUCCCCUUGAUGAGCAGGUGGAAGAGGAAACAGUGGGGGAGGAAGAAGACAGCCAGCCCGAACCCUGUGGAAUAGAAGAUCAUUCUCCUGACACGUAACAGUGCAAAGAAUGUCACGCCUUUUCUUUCCUUUUUUUUUUUCUUUUUUUUUUCUUUUUUUUUAAUUUAAGUAGAAAAAUUGUUUCCAAAGUGCAUGUCACAUGCCACAACCAUGGUCACACCUCACUGUCAUCUGCCAGGAUGUUUGUUGAACAAAACUGACCUUGACUACUCAGUCUGGCGCUCAGGAAUAUUGUAACCAGUUUUUUCACCUCCAUGUCAUCAGAGCAAGGGGGACAUCUUCACGAACAGCAUUUUAACAAGGUUUCAGCUUGGUAAGAGCUGACAGAGCGGAGAAAAUCAACUCCACAAUGUUUUCAAGGGAGUGUGGCUCAUCGGGCAGCCCAAAAGUUGAUAGGCUUUGGGGUUUCUUUUUUAUUUGUUUGCAAUAUUUUCAGCAGAAAGAAGGCAUUACACAGACAGAGUGAACCCAUGGAUGAAGCAACAUACGUGUCAGGAAUAGGACAUAGCAUGAAUCUGUUACCAGGAGGAAGAUGAGCCACAGAAAUUGUAUAAUUUUCUAAUUUCAAGUCUUCCUGAUACAUGACUGAACAGUGCAGUUCAGUGAGCUGCACUGACCUCUACAUUUUGUAUGAUAAUGUAAAACAGAUUUUUUGUAGAGCUUACUUUUAUUAUUAAAUGUAUUGAGGUAUUAUAUUUAAAAAACUAUGUUCAAAACUUCAUCUGCCACUGGUUAUUUUUUUCUAAGGAGUAACUUGCAAGUUUUCAGUACAAAUCUGUGCUACACUGGAUAAAUCUAAUUUAUGAAUUUUACUUGGCACCUUAGAGUUCAUAGCAAUUAACUAAUUUGUAGUGAUUCAUUGUUUUAUAUACCAAUGACUUCCAUAUUUUAAAACAAAACCCAACUUCAUGUUGCAGGAAACCCUUUUUGUAGGUCUUCAUUUACUUUGCUUUCAUUUCAGUCUUUUCCAAUAAGCAGAGUUGCUCUCACUGACAUUUUUUUUUCAGUGUACAAAGUGAAUAUUUGUUCUGUAAUACUUUGAUGUGCAUUCUGUCUAAUGUGUCUUAAGCCUCAUAAACAAUCAUCAGUUGGUGUUGUCUGAAGCAAGUAAGAGAUAUAUAAAUACCCUGUAGCUAAAAUGGUCAGUCUUUUUUAGAUAUUUUCCUACUUAGUGUCUUCGGGUAACUUUUUGCUGUGUCAGUAGACCCUCAUUUCACAAGUGCAUGUCUUUGUAAUAACCCACAUGUUUUAUCCUCAUUUUUAUUGUUUUCACAGUCAGUUGUAGUAAGAAAACCUUUUUCCCCUUGUGCUGGUUUAUUCUUUAGUGUGUGUUUGAAACUCUGUCCAUGUUCACUAGAUGGGGUCUUAUCAAAUAUAUCACCACCAUUCUGAUUGAUGAAGAGAAGCAGGUAGUCUGGCUAGAGUCACCAUUCUUUUUGACCACAAGGCCAUAUAUAAUGACUAACUUUUAUUCUUAAUUCAUAGAGAAGAGUUAACAGCUAGCUAGGUGACUUUUAAUAAUAUUAGCAGAAUCUAUUAACAAACACCGAUACAACUAAUGCUCUUUUGUUUCCAUGAUUUCACCAUAAGAUUAAGAACUAUAUGAGGAAUAUUCUUGAAAAGUGGUUUUAAGUGUAGCAACUACUCUUCCUUAAUGGACACCAAGUAAUGUAGAAAUUGCUUUCUCAGUUAUCAUUGGUCCAUAAGUAUGUCUUAUAGAGAAGAUCUUUAAAUGCACUGAGGGAAAGAAGUUGAUGAUGCCAAUGGCACCAGAGGUUUGGUAAUGUAACACCACCCUAAAAUAUUAGGUUGGGUAAAAAGAUUCUACGUAAGUAACAGAGAUGGUUCUUGGCUGCAUUUAGCACCAAGAAAUGUAUUACAAUUUUUGAGAUUGUUUCCCAGUAUUUACCUUCAUUUGGCAUCCUGGGGUACUUAUUUAGUUUGGACUCUUCCCAUUUCAGCUGUUAAUAAAGUAUUUGCUUUCUCUUUGAA